AUGGCACCGCUCACGGUCGAGGACUUCCGGCACACGUUGGCGGCCGCGACUACACCCACGUCUGAGGACGCCUUGAACUUCCAGAGGAUGCUGCAAGAAUUAAAUGUUGCACCUGCCAGCGAGCACAUCAUUCUGCACCUGGACUCGAGCCCCGGACGAACCUUCCAACAAGCCCUCCUAGACUUUAUCGAAAAUUCCGUCGCCAAGUCGGACAGCGAACAUAAUCUAAUCAUACUUCACUAUGCCGGCCAUGGCAUGAUGAAGGGGGGAAGUCUCACCUGGGCUGAGACUAGUUGGGCGAAGAAACUCCUGAAUGCGGAUACUUGUCUGCUCAAUUAUAUCAACGACGCGGUCAUUUCGGACUCCGACCGUCUCGAUGUUUUGUUAAUUCUCGACUGUUGUUAUGGCCACGGGGCCACUCGGGCUCCCACCCUCCCACGUAGGGUGGUGGAGGUGAUAGCUGCCACGAGUACACGAACGCCCUUGACAGGAUUGGCCCCCAACAAUACCUUGACUGCCAAAAUCGCAGCGGAAAUUACUCGCCGAAGGCGGAGUGGUCACCGUCAUGUUGAAUUCACCGACGUCUUUCAAAGUUUGAAGUCGCGUGGGGACACCAUCCGUCCUACUCAUAGUUUGCUGGUCGGAGUUGCUUCUGUCCUUUUGCCCCUUAACGGACCAGGAAACAUUGACCCCGCCAGUAUUCCCCCGACUACACAGCAUUGUUUAGCCGCAUGGGUGCGCAAUCUCCCGCGUUCUACCGGCUUGACCAUCGAGAGAGUCUAUCGAACCCAGUCAAUGUGCUUGAUUAUGCGCUCGGCUCUGUCGGUCUAUGCAAAGUUGCACGGGUUGGAAGGUUAUGCUUUGAUCGCCGAAAAUUCCAGCCCACCUCUCAAUCUGAAUGGUCUCCUGCAACCUAGUCCGUGCUCCACUGCACCCAAGAAGGAGAAUUUCGGAUUCGGUGGGGGGAAAUGA